GGAGAAGCCUCCCAAAUGUCCCGAGGGCUCCGGCAGCCGCAAGCGGGAAAGUCGCCGUUGCCCCCCCCCCGAGCCCCAGCUAACUGUCAGGGCGCGCGGACGCUGCGGAGUCGGUGCUUUAAAAUCCGGGGCCGGGGGGAGACGGCAGCCCUCCCCUGACUAGCCUGACAGGCCCAGGCGGGCGCCAUGCUAGAAACCAAAAUGGCUGCCCCGGGGAAGGCUGCCCAACCCGAGGAGCCGCGAGCGGGGGAACGUGCCGAGUGACGCCCGCCGCGCCGGACAGUUUUAUUUAAUCUCAAUUUCAGUUUUGACCAUCUAGCCUUGAAAGAGCAGACAACGAAUCAUGAUCAAGUUUUUUCUUAUGGUGAACAAGCAAGGGCAAACAAGACUCUCUCGAUAUUAUGAAUACAUGGACCUUCAUAAACGGACAAUACUAGAAGCUGAAGUAAUCAAGCAUUGCCUUUCCCGUUCAAAGGAGCAAUGUUCCUUUAUUGAAUACAAAGAUUUUAAGCUGGUGUACAGGCAAUAUGCUGCUCUUUUCAUAGUGGUUGGAAUUAAUGAAACCGAGAAUGAAAUGGCUGUCUAUGAACUCAUUCAUAAUUUUGUGGAGGUUUUGGACAAGUAUUUCAGUAGAGUGAGUGAAUUGGAUAUCAUGUUCAAAUUGGACAGAGUGCACAUAAUUUUGGAUGAAAUGGUAUUAAAUGGUUGCAUUGUAGAAACCAAUAAGACCAGAAUUCUCGCACCUCUUCUUGUUCUUGACAAAAUGGCUGAAAGCUAGGAAGACUAUGCCAGUGAAGGGUGUGUUCGCACAGAAUUCUUCAAAACAGAAAGAAGGAACAAUGAACUCUGAGGAUUCAAAGGCUAGUCUUGCAACAUUCCAAAUGGGCUGAACUGAACCUUUUCAUGCUAAAAGACAACUGAAGGAAGCAAGUGCCACACCUUUACUAUCUACCUGUGAAAGGUUAAUUAGUUACUGCUUUAAGUUUUUAAGAUAACAAAAUAUUCUCAUUGUGUAGCCUGUAAUCCAGCUGGUGAAAUAAAUAGACUCUUUAAUAACA